AAUAUUAAUGUGUGUUAGUAAUGUUUGUUACUAUUAAUAGAUGAUAGUUAUGGAAGUGACAAGAGGAAGAGCAGCAGUGAGUCCUUACCUUCUCCUCCUCCCAUUCCUCCUGAUCAACUGGAUGCAGCUGUUAACCUUCUCUCAUCAAUAAUAAAACGCAAUCACAUCAGUGAACAUAAUCAACAAUUUGCUGGUCAACUUCUACGAAUGACACUCAACUUCCUUUUAAGAUUCAUUAAAACUCAUUCCAAUACCAGCAGAAUGGGAACCAAACCCUCAGGAACCAAUGAACCAGAAGUGACGUCCCUCAGGCGGAGUGAGAGCCAGGCCAGUGAGGACUCAUCAUGCUUAGAAACCUCUUUUAGAAACCCUGGGACUGGGUUCAUAUCGUCCAGUGAAAUAACGUCCCACAUUCACAGUCUUAGAGAAUACCUGCCUAAAGGUAAUACACUGAUCAGUGACCCUAAGAGGAAGGGGGAGGAGGAAGGGGCGGAGUUUGACCAUCUCUUACACAUAAUGGUGAGAAAGGAAUCAUGGGACCACGCCUCCACUGAAACUGUAAUUCAGCGAUCAUUAGUAACUGGUAAUGUACCACUAGGUCAAUCCUAUCUCAUUCAUAGGUCGUUUAAAGGGGAGGAGUCACCACACCCACAAGAUGAAGCAAGCCACACCCACACUGAUGAAGUAACGAUUAGUAGUUUGAGUAGUGUUGGUAUCAGUUUGAUAAUGAAGACAUUCUGUGAGAAGAAUAUAAAACAAGCAAUCACCUUCAUCAGACAAAUGGGUGCUAACGUACAAAACUCCAUUAGAUAUUUAUUCCAAAAUACUUUUCAAAAGCAAUUGCGAGAUACUCUGGCGGAGCUAAUGACUGAGAACGGCUGGUUGACCUCCAUAGAACAAGAUGCUCUUGAGUUUUUAAAAAUGUUAGAGACGUACUAUCCUACCUACGUCUAUGAGACUGCAAAGAUGAUUUAUAACAGCUCCAGUGACCACUCGUACCAGCCACCAGUGACCACUCUAUCACCAGUGAACAGCACUGGGAAUGUACUGGACAUGUACCCGGAGACAUUUGGAGGAGAUCACCCACUAGUAUGGGAACCAGUCUCCAAUCCUCUAUCUCCAGCCAGUGAGUCACAGAGAGGACUGUAUCUUGAGACUCCACUGGUAUCAGUUCUGAGGUGGAACAAUGAAACGAGACAGAGGAUACUGUUUGAUGCUGUCGUCAUAUCAGGAACAAGCAAAGGUAGAACUACAUGA